AUGGGGUAUGGUACUUCUUUUCACGCUUCAUGGAUUUAUGGCACCCCUUGCUGUGAGGAUAAAGAUAUAUGCUGGACGUGGCUUACUACCUCCAUCUCAUCCAAUAAUUUGCCAUGGUUGUGCAUUGGAGAUUUUAAUGAGAUUCUUUGGGCCUUUGAGAAACAGGAUGGUCGUGCUUUCUAUCCGACCCAACGUCGUCACCUCUCUGACUUUAUGAACACCAAUGAGCUUCUUGACUUGGGCUUUCAGGGUCAGGCUUAUACUUGGUGUGGCAAAAGAACUAAUGGUGUUUUGAUUCGUGAAUGGCUUGAUCGUGAGCUCAUAAAUAUCCUUUGGCAAGAGAGGUGGCCAUGCACUUUCCUUACGCACUUACCUAUGCUCGGCUCUGAUCAAUGUCCCUUACUGGUGGCUCUAGAAUCAGCUAAGCCUGCCACUCGUAGACCUUUCAAAUUUGAAGCAUUUUGGGCUUGGGAUCCUGACUGCAAAGGUGUGGUGGCCAGGAGCUGGAUUGGGAGUCACAUAUUGAAUUGUAACUCUUCCUCAUCUUGGGGGACAAAUUUGAGAAGAUGCAGCAGAGACCUUAAAGCCUGGAGCAGGAUCAAAUUUUCGAAUAGCAAGAAGCAAACUGAGGUGCUUUUAACUGAGCUUGAUAUGCUACAAUGCAAUUGGGCGGCAAAUUGCUCUCGAAUUAAUCAAAUUGGCUUUGAGUUAAGCACUUUGUGGAAGCGUGAAGCUCUGUUUUGGAAGCAACGCUCAAAAAUCAAAUGGCUGAAGGAGGGUGACUCUAACACUGCUUUCUUCCACAACUAUCGUGGGAUGACGUUCUUGCCUUUGUUUUCACCUGUCAUCUCUGCUGAGAUGAAUGAUACUCUUUGUUAUCCAAUCACGGAGGAGGAAGUUAAGGAUGCUGCCUUUCAAAUGGGUGCUCUGCGAGCCCCUGGUCCUGAUGGUUUCCCAGUUGUGUUCUACCAUAAUUUCUGGGGAAUUAUUGGAGAAGAUGUUUCUCAGUUCAAGCCUAUCUCUCUGUGUAACUACUCAUACAAGAUAAUAUCGAAGAUUCUUGCAAAUCGUCUCCAACCCCUACUGGGCAACUUCAUCUCUCCUCAACAAUGUGCUUUUAUUCCUGGUAGGCAAAUUCAAGAUAAUAUUUUUAUGGCUCAUGAAGCUUUCCAUUCCCUAAAAAUUCGAAGGAAGACAAAAAUUUUUGAGAUGGGUCUCAAGCUCGACAUGAAUAAAGCUUUUGACCGGAUUGAAUGGGACUUUGUUGCUGCCGUUCUUGAGAAACUAGGUUUUGCUGGUGACUGGAUUAGUUUGGUGAUGCGUUGCAUAACCUCUGUGGAGUUUGCUGUAAUUGUCAACGGUUCUCCUGGUAUCAGCUUCAAACCUACUCGAGGUAUCAGACAGGGUGACCCCCCUCUCUCCGCCACUGAGCAUAAUUGUCGGGUUCUUGACCGAAUUUUGAACUGCUAUUGUCGUGCUUCCGGGCAGCUCGUUAACUUUGAGAAAUCUAAUAUCUUUUUCAUUCCUAAUACCCCUAAUGAUUUACGAGACCAACUUUGUGGUAUUUUGAGAAUGACGGAUACUGAUGACCCUGGCCGUUACCUUGGGCUUCCAACCAUGUGGGGCAGAUCCAAGAAGGAUGCUCUUAGUUUUGUUAAGGAUCGAUUAUUAUGCAAAGUUCAAGGAUGGAAGCAAGGCCUUCUUUCACAAGCUGGAAGGGAAACUCUCAUCAAAUCUGUUGCUCUUGCUAUUCCCACUUAUCCCAUGUCAAUUUUUCUAUUUCCUAAGGGUUUCUGCAGUGAGCUUGAUGGUAUUUUGGCCAAUUUCUGGUGGGGUCAUACUGGGGACAAAAACAAGAUCCAUUGGAUUAGCUGGCGGGCUUUGGGGAUGCCGAAACAUGAAGGAGGCAUGGGGUUUCGAAACCUGCAUGAUUUCAACCUAGCUUUGUUGGCUAAGCAGUGCUGGAGACUCUUAACUGAGCCUGACUCUUUCUGGGCUAAAGUGAUAAAAAGCAGGUACUUUCCUAACUGUGAUUUUCUCCUGGCUCCCAAGGGUGCCAGAGCUUCCUGGGCAUGGUCCAGCUUGCUUGCUGGAAGAGAUCUCAUCCUUCGUGGAGCUCGUUGGCAAAUUCUUGAUGGUAGUAGAGUUCACCUUUGGACUGACAAAUGGCUCCCUUGUGUUGCCAAUCCAAUCCUCCGUCCCACUGAUGGAAGCACAACAGAUGAUACUAUGAUGGUCUCUACUAUUAUUAACCCCAUUUCUAUGCAGUGGAACCUUAGUAGCAUUCGUGAUGCCAUUUCUGAUCGUGAUUUGGAAAAAAUUUUGACUCUCCCCUUGGGUGACGGAAGUGAAUCUGAUCGUGUCAUUUGGCCCCUUGAACCACAAUUAUUCUGUGAAAUCCGGUUACCACCUUAUUCAUACCAGCAACUCCUCCAAUGUUGA